AUGAUUCAAAAGGAUUGGCCACAAGUCGCUGCUUACUUUAAAGCACUGCUACAAUCGCGUCUACACAGUCCACCAAUAUAUUGUGGUCUUGCAGGUGAUAAAGGCAAGGCCAUGUAUGCCGGGAAGGCACUCAAGGCCGGUGAACCCAUUUGGACAGAAGCUCCGUUCGUGGCUAUGCAGCACGAAGACAACAAGGAGUUUGUGGAUUGCUGUGACAAUUGCUUCGUGCCACUCAUUGACAGUAAAAUCUGCUGGGCACGCGUCGUGACCGGCAGUAGCAGUGAAGUUGAGGGCGAGGCAGUCCCUGCUGACGAGGCUGCGGCCAGCGAAGCAGAUUUUGAAGCAGCCAUCGCCUUUUUGCAAAAAGAAGGUGGCAAGAGUCCCGAAGAGAGCUACUUUUCUGUGUUUAAACUGGCCGAAAGUCAAGUGAAAUGCAGCUGUGGAGUUGUAUAUUGCUCUGACAAUUGCAAACAGAUUGCGUAUGCGCAGCAUCACGCGCUUUUGUGUCCACGUUCGGAGGAGCGAGAGAAUGCAAUGGGUCAAUUCCUUAACCAUACACUUGUGACCAAUGAGAUCUUCCAGCUCGCAGCUAAAGUCGUGGCAAAGAUCUUAUUGCUCUUUGUUGCAACGCAGGAUAUAGCACAAGCCAGACAACCCGUUGAUAUCUUUUGCAAGUUGCCGUGGUGGGAAGUCAUUACGUCAGAAGAAGAUCUAGAAGAUGGAGAGACAUUGGAAGAAUAUCGGGACAAGUUUCGCUCGCUGCUCAUGCAGACAUACGACUACUUUAUCAGCGGCUUGACGGAGAACCUUGCUCACUUGGAGACGCAGAACGAACUCAAUGGUCUCACGGCAGAUGCACUUCUUGUUUCGUGCAAUGAAGUCUUGAGCGUCGAUUUUUUCAGUCGUGUGGUGGGCAUGUUCGAGAUGAAUAACAUUAGUAUGGAAAUCGACCAUCCAUUUCAUGCGCUGAGCGAGGCGUUGAGUGAAGCCAGUCCUGAGGAGAAGAAGGACAUGCCGCCAGUACUGGCCCGCGUUAAACUAGCACUUGAAAAGUUUACGGAAGAGCACAAUCAUCAAUGCGACGAAGAACACGACGAAUAUGAUGAGGAAGAGUGUAACGCAGUGGAUGAGGACUUUGUGGGCGUGGAAGGCACUGCAUUGUUCUCGGGUAUAUGCACAAUGAAUCACAGCUGUGAUCCCAACUGCACAGUACUAUACACGAAGGACGGAGCUGCUCACGUGUUCGCCGUACAGGACAUUGCGGAGGGCGAAGAGCUGUGCAUCUCAUACAUUGAUGUGGACCAGGAAGUGGACGGGCGGGAGGAAUGUCUUCGACUUACUGAUGUCCCUUCAUUUAUUGCGUAUUGGCGUUUGAUGUCCGACCAAGCAGGGAGUACCAAUUCGUAUGUAAUUGCGCCCGUUGUGAGGAAGAACGGAAAGCAUAGAAGAUUGUCAAAUAGGUGGCGGAGAGAUCGUGAUGGGCUAAUUGAUUAUGAGUCGUUCGUACUGCCAAGACCCAAGCUCCCAUGA